AUGGCGCCGAUUUUCGCUUCUGAAGACAUUGCAGCCCUGGUGGCCAGUUUCCAACCACUUUCUGUCAUUGAGGGCAGACCACUCCUUGUCCGGAGUCGUUCUGGCAACAGCCUCGUCAGGUUUGACAAUGUCCUUGCCCGGUGUAAGGCUUUGAUUGAGAAGGAAGAAUCAAGAAUCGAAAAGGCGAACUUGACGACUAUCCUCGGCGUCGAGCAUGGCAUCGAGAGAAGAAUACUGAACGACCUCGAGCAUCAGCCGUGGGAGAACAAAGAUGGUCUUUACAUCAUUCCGAGUCCAACGGCUCGAAAAGUCCAGGCAGAGCUCACGAGACGAGUCCAAUUUUCAUGCCUCGAUCUCAGAGCCUUCACGAGAGAGCAGGAUGUCAGCCUGCCGAGCCUAGAGAGACUCAUCUUGGAACAGGACGCGCCUGACUGGAGAUCUUUCGAGGGAAAUGGCCGGCAGUUCUUAUGCAGUGCCCAAGUCGCAGAUGGCAUCAAGACGGAACUUCGAGAUGCCAUCGGCGCAGCAGGGACGGACAUAUGUGAUCUGCCAUCGGCUCUUUCUGAUGAAGUACCACUUGCCGUACUCAAACAAUUGGGCAAUGAGCUGGCAUCUGAAAUAGGCGGUGAGAUUCGACCUGAGGGUGAUCAUGUCGUGUAUGUCCCCAGCAACUACUCCGCUGCGGUAGAAGAAAAGCUUCGUCAAAUACAAGAAGCACGAUCACGGGAAUUGUUUCAAGAGCUCGAGAAGGAAGGCUACUGUAUCAUCGAACCCGAGAGCUCCAGUGUCCAAGAAGCACGUAACGCGAGCGAGGAGCUCGGGCGCGCGGUUGCCCAGCAUUACCAAGACAUUCACGCUGAUAAGCCGGCACCUCAGCUGAUAAUCAUCAAGAGCGACAAUCCGUAUCUCCAUUCCGCCGCAUCUUGGCCAACUCAAGACAUGACACUGAUCAUCACGCCGUAUCGCCUUGAGAAGCACCUGGAAACCAUGAAGGCCGCAAUGCGAGAACACACAAAGAGCGUCUGGGAGAACGAUCCACGCACGACUACAGCAGAAGGCAUCAUGAAGGUGAUGAAGAACGAGAACCUCAACAUGGGCGACAAAUGGAAGCUGUCGAAACUUAUAGCGCUGAGCGACCAUCACGACAAGAUUCGUGGAGUGGUGCAUGAUCAGGUCCAACAGCUCAACGAAGAGGACCAUCAGAAGCUUGUUCAGCUCAUCGAAGCGAGGCUCAUCAUACCGCUUCAGCUUUACACCGCUGGCAUCAACUCGAUCGAGGACGCCACACUCAAACAGCAUCUUGAGGACUUCGUUACAGACCACUUCCGACUCGAGGUUGUGCCUCAGGUCGUCAAAGCGGCUCGUGAUCAAAGACUCCUCAGUGAUCGCAGUCGAGAACGAGAGGUGGAUAAAUUCCGCAACACAGCAGCCGAAGCCAAGACUCUUGCAGCUUUGCAGACGAGUGUGUCCAAGCUGCAAAAGAAGCUGAAGAUCGAAGCGACAACCGACGAGGUCGUCAAACAUGCCAAAUACCGAACGCUACAAGCCGCAGUCAAAUCUAUGCGCCGCAUGAGUCGCGGCUCCGACGUCCUGCAAAAUCUCAUCUGGAUUAUGCUCGCCCGACACAGCGAAGGCCUAUUCAUGAGCUCCGGUAAAGACACCAGCAGGAUGAUCAAGCAAUACGCCAACGUCGGAGAUGCAGAGAUGGCAGCCAAGCUGAGCAGAUGGCGGGACUUGCUCAAAGCGGGCGAACAGACCAAGGACGAUAUUAAGGCAAUGCAGGAAGCGGCGAAGACGGCUGCUGAGGAGCUCAGUCCAAUCUUGAGGAGGAAGAGCUCGGUGUCGUCACAGCAUACUGCUACUCGCACUGCCGGGACGAGGAGUCCGACGCUGUCGAGGAGGAAGUCGUCGUAUGCUAUUGAGGAUGUGGGGAAUUCGGCGCCGCCGAAGGAGUGGCAGCCUUGA